GCUAAGCACUUCAUUGUCCAAGUCAGUUUAUGUACGAAAUUGAAACGCGCACGUGGUGUUAUUGCGGCUGAAAUUUGAAAUUUUCCGCUUUCGAGACGGUUUUUAUGGCACCAAUAAAUAAAUAAUUAAAAAUAUAUUAUAAGAAAAUCUAAAUAGAAACAUUAACGCAAAAUUAAAUAAAAAAUUAAAUAAAAAAAAUAGUGAACAGCGUGAAAGUGUUAAAACUUUGAUAGCUGCCGUUGCUGCACUUCGUAUACUUCCUGCUUUCCUCAAAGCCCAUACAACCACCUUGACAACAAGUGUCCUCCAAAAGCUUCCGGAUGAUACAGUGAAACACAACGCGCAGAGAGUGAGCAUAUACCGUGACAACAGUAGCAACAACAACAAGAGUAUAAGAAAAGUCAAUAAAAAUUAUUUUCGCAAAAAGCGCGCAGAAAAACUUAGCAAAGCCAUGUCAAAUCGGCAAAUGUUGGAAUCGAGCAGAGAGCAGUGAUUGCAUUUUGAGUGGCGAGCAGCAGGAAUUGAACAAUUGCCAGUCACCACAACAGCAGCAGUAUCAUCAACAAUCGAGUGCAAAUUGCGUGCCAACAACACGCUGCACACGCCAAGCAGCAUUCAUUUGCAGUUAUAACGGUUUAAUUUGAUAUACAUACCGCUACUGAGCGACAUAAACAACAGACUGAUUUAAAAGGCGCAUCCUUCCUUUUGCGCUUUCAUCAAACGCCAUUUUCCGCACUUAACCCCAGAGCUUUAUUGCACACACGCACGCACACUCACUCACGGUGAGGUGCAUACAUUCCUGUCACUGAUAUCUUCUUCUUCUUUAAGUAACUCAUAGUAAACACUAAUAAUGGUGCAUGCACCGGCACGUAAGAACAAUAAAAACGCAAAUGGCAAUGGCAAUUGUGAUUUGGUGGAGGAUGUGCUGACACCAGUGCCACCAGAUGGCGGCUGGGGUUGGAUGGUCGUCUUCGGUUCAUUUAUGAUACACAUUAUCACCGAUGGCAUGACAUAUUCAUUUGGUCUCUUCUAUGAUGAGUUUCUCACGUACUUCAAUGAAGGUUCGGGCUAUACAGCAUGGAUCGUGUCUAUUAUGGUAGGCGUAACCUACGCCUCUGGUCCCAUCUCCUCCGCAUUUGUCAAUCGCUACGGCUGUCGAGCGGUCACCAUAGCCGGCGCAAUAUUUGCGGCCGCCUGUAUUGUGGCCAGUGUCUUUGCGAAAAAUGUGCUCACACUUAUAUUUACAAUUGGUAUUGGCACGGGCUUUGGACUGGGUCUCAUCUAUCUGCCAGCCAUUGUAAGUGUGACGACGUGGUUUGAGGCGAGACGUUCGCUAGCUACCGGCAUUGCCGUGUGUGGUUCUGGUUUUGGCACAUUCGUAUUUGCACCACUCACCGAACAUUUGAUCGGUUCGUUCGGAUGGCGUGGCGCUAUGCUCAUCAUCGGCGGUAUUGUGCUGAAUUGUAUACUCUUCGGUGCACUCUUCCGCCCGCUGGAACCGCCAAAACCCUCGGUGGGACAGAAAACCGAUAUAAUCGAUAAUAAUACAACAAUUGCUGAGCUCAAGCCGCUGAAGUCUGGCACGACUGAGGUUGAUCAAUAUUUACAGUUGCCGCAACGCGCUGACGCUGCUUUGUGUAGGUCGAACAGCGUGGGACAUGGUUUCAAUAGCAACAAUUUGCGACAGUUGCGUCCCUCUUUGGCGCAUUGCCGGAUGCUCUCGCUCGACUUGACCAUGCUGUUAGCGCAAGUAAAAUGUAGUUCGUUCCCAACACUUAACGCUGACUCCCAAACAAUUGCAACCGACCUUACUGCACUCCUGUUAUAUACAAAUAACAAUCAGGCUGUGAACAAUGGCGCCAACGGCAAGCCCGCAUGCCCGACAAUCGCUCAAAGCACCAGCAGCACGGAUAUGGUACGCCAUCGCAGUCAGCCACAUUUGGAUCAGCUGACGCCACCGCAUGAGAACUGGGGCAGUGGCACUAUGUAUCGUCCAGAUAUCCUGUAUCAGGGUUCCAUUCUUAACAUACCAGAGUACACCGCCUCAAGGCAGGAUCUUUCCGGCUCCGGCAUGAUGAAACGUUAUGGUUCGGUGCGUCACAGCACGCGCGGCAGUCAAAAUGAUGUAAGAAUAAAAUGCUGCGGCUGCAUCACCUGCUCCCAGGAGACCCACGACACAUUCGUCGAAAUGAUGAAUUUCUCAUUGCUCAAAGAUGCCGUCUUCAUAGUAUUCGCACUGUCGAACUUCUUCACCAGCAUCGGUUUCAAUAUGCCCUACAUCUACAUAGUCGCCAAAGCGAAAUCGCUCGGCAUAAGCAGCGCACAAUCCAGUUACCUGAUCGCCAUAAUCGGUGUAGCCAAUACAGUGGGCAGAAUAAUACUCGGCUAUCUGGCCGACAAGCCAUGGGUCAAUCGCUUGUGGGUAUACAAUGCCUGUCUGACGCUGUGCGGCAUCUCCACUGCCAUCUCACCGCUCUGCACCGGUUUCUAUACGCUCGCUGCUUACUGCGCUGCCUUCGGUUUCACCAUUGGCGCCUAUGUGGGUCUAACCUCCGUCAUAUUGGUUGAUCUGCUUGGUUUGGAGAAAUUGACCAAUGCUUUUGGGCUGCUGCUGCUCUUCCAGGGUAUUGCUUCCUUCAUUGGACCACCAAUUGGCGGCUGGAUGUUUGACGUCACCAACUCAUAUGAUCCCGCGUUCCUUCUGGCCGGCAUCACAAUCGCCAUCAGCGGCGUUAUGCUAUUCGUCAUUCCACCACUACAACGGCACCUCGAGAACAAGUCCAAACAGCAACAGCAAAUUUCACGCGGAGCUAAUGCGGUGCUUUAGAUCUAAUUCUUGUUGUCUGCUUUGCAGGACGAGCUUCCUUGUAAAUUAUAUAUUUCAUAAUUUCUUGAUGUCUUUCUUUCGCUAAGCAUCUUUUUAGACUUGUUUAUAAGUUAGCAUAUGAAAUUUAAAUAGCUGUAAUUAUUUACUAUAUAGUAAUGUAUCAUAUACAUAUAUACAUACAAGAUAUAUAAGUAUGUAUGAGCAAGAAGUGACCUUUAUGGUGAAACACACAAAAAUAGGGAAACAAUUUUGCCUUUAAAUAUUUAUGUAAUACAUUCUCGUAUGUAAUGGUAAUAUUUAUGUAUGUAUGUCUACAUAGUUGUAAAUUUAAUAUAUGUAGCCAGUUACAUACCUACAUAUAUACAUAUGUACAUAUAAGCAUCAUAAAUUUUACCCUAACUGCUAAUCAAAGCCGUUGAAAUUAUUAAGAAUUUAGUCAUAUUUAAUUAUUUUUGUUGUUGUAAGCUUAUAAGCAAAAAUGUCAAAACAACAAACAUACCUGUGUGUUAACAAAACUUGAAGAAUUUAAUAUUUCUAAGCGUUAAAACAUAAAAAUAUUUUAUUAAAAUCUUGGCAGAAAUAAUAUCAUUCUUCCAAAAAAAAAAUGUUUAAAAAUGUAUAAAUUUUAAUAAAAUUUAAUAAAACUCUAAGUAAGAACGCUCAGGUUUACCUUAAGCGCAUAUCAAAUGCUCAAACGGAAUGUAUGCAUAAGCAGUAUGAACGGUAUUCAGUAACUUGUUAUCAAAUAAAGUAAGCUUACAUAUCUACAUUUAAA